AUGAGUGCGAUUCUUUCGGCAGACGAUCUGAACGACUUCAUCUCCCCUGGUGUUGCCUGUAUUAAACCCGUUGAGACUCUUCCACAAAAAGACACUCAAGCCUCAGAGAACGCUUAUGAAGUGACGACAGAAGACAAGGUCGAGCCUGAGAAGCCUCCACCGGCGCAGAUCUCAUUGACCGAUUGCCUUGCCUGCUCCGGCUGUGUCACAUCCGCAGAAGCCGUUUUGAUUUCGUUGCAGUCGCAUACAGAGGUUCUCAACACACUCGAUGCGCAUCCCGAAAUACCAUUGAUCAACGGGCAAGAUGGAACAGUUGUUGGUAGUAAUGCAAUCCCCGACGAAGGACGGAUAUUUGUUGCAAGUGUCAGUCCGCAAGUCAGAGCGAGUCUGGCGGCCACCUAUGGCAUCACCGAAAAAGAAGCAACAUACAUGAUCGAUCAAUUGCUUCGUGGUCCACAUGGUCUGAGAGCUGGUGGUAAAAAUGGAAGUGGAUUUACCUGGGUUGUGGAUACGAAUGUCAUGCGUGAGGCGGUUCUGGCUCUCACAGCGGAUGAAGUGAGCGAGUCGUUGAACUCAGGUGGCUCGUCUGCCGCAACAUCUCUUCCUAAACGACCGAUCUUGUCAUCAGCUUGCCCUGGCUGGAUCUGUUAUGCUGAAAAGACGCAUCCGUUUAUUCUUCCUCAUCUAUCCCGGUUGAAAUCUCCCCAGGCUUUGGCUGGUACCCUUUUCAAAACCGUUUUGAGCAAAUCUCUUGGUGUCUCGCCUUCUCACAUAUGGCAUGUCGCCGUAAUGCCAUGCUUCGACAAGAAGCUUGAGGCUAGUCGGGAAGAACUAACCGACGUGUCAUGGAACCCCGUUGAAAAUACAUCUACAGAAUCUCAGUCGCCUGUUCGUGAUGUCGACUGUGUUAUCACUGCUCGUGAGCUUCUUACAUUGGCCUCUGCCCGAGGCAUCUCUCUUCCUGGGCUACCGAUGAAGCCCUUGAAUCCGUCUUCGACUCUUCCAUUCCCAGACAAGACCUUAAAUUCAUUUCUGUUCUCCAAAGUCUCUUCUUCGGAGCAAAUUCUCGAAGCCGGUACCUCUGGAGGCUAUCUCUACCAUGUUCUCUUGGCUUUUCAGUCUCGAAACCCCGGGAGCCAAAUUGUGGCUCAGCGCGGGCGAAAUGCGGAUGUAGUGGAAUACACUCUCAUUUCCCCAGAACAGCAGCCCAUCCUAAAGGCAGCCCGCUAUUACGGCUUCCGCAAUAUUCAAAACCUUGUCCGAAAACUCAAGCCCGCACGAGCAUCAAGACUUCCAGGUGCAAAGGCACCAGUAAGUCGACGACAGCCAAUGUCACGAAACGCAGCCUCUGGUGGAUCAGGUACAGAUUACGCUUAUGUGGAAGUCAUGGCAUGUCCUGGUGGCUGUACCAAUGGGGGUGGUCAAAUUCGGAUCGAAGAUGCUAGGGAAGCCGAUCCUAACGCCCAGGCAGUGUCCUCGGAAACACCUGGAACGUCGACCAAGCCCUCGCCACAUGAACAACGCGCAUGGCUUGCUCGCGUUGAUGAAGCAUAUUACUCUGCAGACUCAGAUGCCGAGAUUGAGGUCGAGAAUCGUCCUCUGCUUUCUAUUUCAGACAAGGAAGCUCGAAUUCAUGAAACUAUGCAAUAUUGGUCCCAGCUGAUGCAAGUCCCUCUUUCCAAGCUGGCGCAUACAACCUAUCGCGAAGUAGAAAGCGAUGUUGGCAAAACGCAGGAAGCGCCCAACGACGCAACUCGCGUCGUUGAACUGGCGGGAAAGAUCGGUGGUGGCUGGUAA